UCCCUGUCAAAACGACGGCUCCUGUCUGGACGACCCCGGAACGUUCCGCUGUGUCUGCAUGCCUGGUUUCACGGGUACUCAGUGCGAGAUAGACAUCGACGAAUGCGCGGCGAAACCGUGUCUGAAUGGCGGAAUCUGCACGGACUUGAUAGACUCGUUCAAAUGCACCUGUGCGAAUGGAUUCGCCGGCUCCCAUUGUCAGAUAAACAUAGACGAUUGCGCUUCGUCUCCGUGUAAAAACGGCGGCAUCUGCCAAGACUCGAUCGCCAAAUACACUUGCGACUGCCCGCCGGGAUUUACCGGCGCCUCCUGCGAAACGAACAUCAACGACUGCCAGUCGAAUCCUUGUCACAGCGGUACUUGCAUCGACGGCGAGAACAGCUUCACUUGCAACUGUUUUCCCGGGUUCACCGGGAAACUGUGUCAGACCCAGAUCGACGAGUGCGAGAGCAACCCCUGCCAGUUCGGGGGUAGGUGCGAAGAUCGUAUCAACGGAUAUCAAUGCAUAUGCAGGCCUGGCACCAGUGGAACGAAUUGUGAGGUGAACGUGAACGAGUGUUACAGCAAUCCUUGCAGAAAUGGAGCGAGAUGUAUCGAUGGAAUCAACAGAUAUUCGUGCGAAUGCCUGCCUGGUUUCACCGGACAGCAUUGCGAAACGGACAUCAACGAGUGCGCCAGCAACCCGUGUGCGAACGGCGGCCGAUGCAUCGACGUAAUAAACGGUUUCCGGUGCGAGUGUCCUCGCGGUUACUACGAUGCUAGAUGCCUCAGCGAUGUAGACGAAUGCGCGAGCAAUCCCUGCGUGAAUGGCGGCACCUGCGAGGACGGCGUGAAUCAAUUCAUCUGCCACUGUUUGCCAGGAUACGGCGGCAAGAGAUGCGAAGCGGAUAUCGACGAGUGCGGCUCGAACCCUUGCCAACACGGGGGCACUUGCAACGAUCACUUGAACGGCUACAGCUGCAAGUGCAUCGCCGGAUAUUCCGGGACCAAUUGCGAGACCAACAUUGACGAUUGUGCGAACAAUCCAUGCCAAAAUGACGGUUCUUGUAUCGAUAUAGUGAAUGAUUACAAAUGCGUCUGCGAACUGCCUCACACGGGGAGAAACUGCGAGGACAAACUGGAUCCUUGUUCACCCAACAAAUGCCUUCACGGAGCACGAUGCGAGCCAUCCUCGAACUUCCUCGAUUUCGUGUGCACCUGCACCGUCGGUUAUGCCGGCAGAUUGUGCGACGAGGACGUCGACGAAUGUAUAAUGACCUCGCCGUGUAGAAACGGUGCUACCUGCAGGAACACCAACGGUUCUUAUCAAUGCCUGUGCGCGAAGGGUUACGAAGGCCGGGACUGUAUCAUUAAUACCGACGAUUGUGCUUCCUUCCCUUGUCAAAACGGUGGCACGUGCUUGGACGGAAUCGGCGACUAUACUUGCUUAUGCGUGGACGGUUUUAGUGGCAAACACUGCGAGAUCGAUGUCGACGAGUGUCUGUCGCAGCCGUGUCAAAACGGCGCGAUUUGCAAGGAAUACGUGAACUCGUACACUUGUCAAUGCCAACUCGGAUUCUCCGGUAUAAAUUGUCAAACGAACGACGAGGACUGCACGGAUAGUAGCUGCAUGAAUGGCGGCAAGUGCAUCGAUGGAAUCAACAACUAUACCUGCGUUUGCAAACCUGGUUACACAGGCUCCAACUGUCAGUAUCGCAUAAACGAAUGCGAUAGCUCGCCUUGUCUGAAUGGAGCUACCUGCCAUGAUCAUAUUCAGUAUUACACUUGUCACUGCCCUUACGGUUACACUGGGGCGAGAUGCGAUCAGUACGUCGACUGGUGCGUGGACAAUCCUUGCGAGAAUCAGGCUACUUGCGUGCAGCAUAAAAACAAAUACCACUGCAAUUGUUCGCCUGGUUGGACAGGCAAAGUCUGCGACGUUGAGAUGGUUUCGUGCAAGGAUGCGGCAAUUAGGAAAGGAGUACCCGAGAAAAACCUGUGUAACAAUGGUACCUGCGAGGACAUAGGCAACAGCCACCGUUGCCACUGCAUAGAAGGAUACACGGGUUCAUAUUGCCAAGAAGAGGUGAACGAGUGCGACUCCGCACCGUGUCAGAAUGGUGCUACUUGCAAGGACCUCGUUGGGUCUUACCAAUGUCAAUGCACUAAGGGCUUCCAGGGCCAAAAUUGUGAACUGAACGUGGACGACUGUAGACCGAAUCCCUGCCAGAACGGCGGUACAUGUCACGAUCUUAUCAGCAACUUCAGUUGCUCCUGCCCGCCCGGUACCCUAGGCUUCAUCUGUGAGUUGAACGUCGACGACUGUGCUAUCGGCACUUGCCACAAUAACGGAACAUGUAUCGACAAAGUGGGUGGGUUUGAGUGCAAGUGUCCUCCGGGUUUCGUGGGUCCAAGAUGCGAGGGCGACAUCAACGAGUGUCUCUCGAAUCCCUGCGCCUCGCCGGGAACUCAGGACUGCGUGCAGUUAGUCAACAACUAUCAUUGCAACUGCAAACCGGGAUACAUGGGACGUCACUGCGAGGUGAAGGUGAACUUCUGCGACAGUUCACCAUGCCAAAACGGCGGUAUUUGCACCGCGAAGCAGGCUGGCCAUACUUGCCUUUGCCCGACCGACUAUUAUGGAAACAACUGCGAGUUCGCUGGCUCCUAUUGUGACAGGGAACCUUGCCUGAACGGCGGUACUUGUAGAGUGGCCGAAACCGAAGUCGGGUACAGAUGCUAUUGCCCUUCGGGAACCACCGGGACUCAUUGCGAGAUAGACGCCAGGGAUGAGUGCGCCAGCAACCCUUGUCAACAGUCGAAUGCCGUUUGUAAGAAUCUCCUUGGCGACUAUGCUUGCGAUUGCCCACCGAAAUGGACUGGCAAGAACUGCGAAAUUUACGAUCCUAAUUAUGGAGGCGGCAUCUUCGGCAGUCCAAACUCUAAUGCUCCAAAAACCAUGAACGCAUACGAGCUCGACUUAGAAAUGGAAAGGAAGAAAUGCAUUGAAAACCGAUGCGAAGAGAAAUCUGGUAAUCAUCAUUGUGACGAGGAAUGCAACCGGUACGCUUGCAAUUUCGACGGGAACGAUUGCUCGUUGGGCAUCAAUCCGUGGCGUAAUUGCACUGCGCCGAUUAAUUGUUGGGACGUUUUCAUGAAUGAUGUCUGCGACGAGGUUUGUAACAACGCGCAGUGUUUGUUCGAUGGAAGGGAUUGCGAGAGAAAGCUGCCACCGUGCAACCCAAUCUAUGACGCUUAUUGUCGCAAACACUAUGCCAACGGACAUUGCGAUUACGGCUGCAACAACGAAGAAUGUAACUGGGACGGUCUCGACUGCGAGAGAGAACCAGAGUCCUUAGCAGAAGGUGUGAUCUCCGUGGUAGUGAGGAUGGAUAUGCAGUCGUUCCGAUCGAACGUGGUCGCCUUUUUGAGGGACAUCGGUCACGAAUUAAGAACCACCUUGAGAGUGAAGCAAGACGAGCUCGGCAAUGACAUGAUCUACCCAUGGAAAAGAGAAAGAGACUCUGGUUUGCAGACCAAUAUUUUUGGACGCCCGACCACGAUCUAUACCAACACACAAAGUGGUAUAAUCGUCUAUUUGGAGAUAGACAACAGAAAAUGUACCGUCACUCAAGGGGUAGUGUGCUUCCCGUCGGCGAACGAGGCGGCGGAGUACCUGGCAGCGACCGCGUCUAAACAUUCGUUGUCUCGGAACUUCCCCAUAGAACAAGUCCGAGGUGUGGUUGGCCCGCAAGGUCCGGAAUAUCCGGACUCGCCGACCAAUUUCAAGUACGUUUUCAUCGGAGUUGUCAUCGUAAUCCUCGGUGGAAUGUUGGUCGGAGUUUUGGUUACGGCGCAGAGGAAACGAGCUGUGGGUGUGACAUGGUUCCCGGAAGGAUUCCUCCGCACUAGCAGCGGAAGCGGUCAGCGUCGUAGAUCCAGAAGGCGAGGUCCGGAUGGUCAAGAAAUGAGGAACUUGAACAAGCAACCUUCGGUGAACUGCAUGGAUCUUGACGUGGGCAACGGAAGGGCGCAACAAUGGUCAGACGAUGAAUCGGAUCUACCGCCCUCAAAGAGGAUGAGAGCGCUAGAACCCGGCUACUCCAGUGAUCAUACCGCCAUCACGGAUUACGAGGAGACGGAGCCUCGCAUGUGGACUCAACAACAUUUGGAUGCAGCUGAAAUCCGUAGACCGGACGCAGGAGUUUUGACACCGCCGAGCCUCGAGCAUGGUCAGGACGUUGAUGCGAGAGGACCGUGCGGCAUGACACCAUUAAUGGUUGCCGCUGUACGCGGUGGAGGGUUGGAUACUGGGGAAGAAGAGGAUGAAAGCGAUGGUACAGCGGCUGUGAUCGCUGACUUGGUUGCUCAGGGUGCAGACUUGAAUGCCACCACAGAUAAGAGCGGCGAGACGUCUCUUCAUCUGGCAGCUAGGUACGCCAGAGCUGACGCCGCGAAGAGGCUCCUCGAUGCCGGAGCGGAUGCUAAUUCUCAGGACAACACCGGCAGAACGCCUCUUCAUUCCGCCGUCGCCGCAGACGCGAUGGGAGUCUUCCAGAUACUGUUAAGAAACCGAGCGACGAAUCUGAACGCCCGAAUGCACGACGGAACUACACCAUUGAUUCUAGCUGCUCGUCUCGCCACCGAAGGAAUGGUAGAAGACCUCAUUAACGCUGACGCUGAUAUCAACGCAGCUGAUAACAGUGGCAAAACAGCGCUUCACUGGGCUGCCGCCGUUAACAACGUCGACGCUGUGAACAUACUUUUGGUUCACGGUGCGAACAGAGAUGCGCAGGAUGACAAGGACGAGACACCCUUAUUCCUGGCUGCCAGAGAAGGCAGCUUCGAGGCUUGCAAGGCGUUGUUGGACACUUUCGCCAACAGAGAAAUUACCGAUCACAUGGAUCGGUUACCAAGAGACGUCGCCAGUGAGAGAUUACACCAUGACAUCGUGAGACUGUUGGACGAGCAUGUGCCUAGAUCACCGCAGAUGGUCACUGUGAUACCAAACGGCCCUCUUAUGGGGUCGCCAAAUCAUGCGCAGUUAAUCACACACCCAACAGUAAUCGGUUCUGCGCCGAAACAAACGAAAUCCAAGAAGCGGCCAAAAACUGGAACCGCGGGGAACCCAAACAGUCCCGAUUCAGAGGGUGGAGUAGUGGUCGUGAGGCGAAAGCCAUCGGUGAAGAAGCCACCGGCGAAGCGUGGCGCUCAGCCCCCAAACCAAGAAAUACCACAGGGCGCAGAGGGCGCGGAAGGGAACUUGCCAAGUCCAUACGACAGCGCAAGCCUGUACAGCAACGCGCUCCCUUUGGUCGGCCACACAGCGACUGCAAAGCAACCACCGCCGUACGAGGACUGUAUAAAGGGGCAAUCAAUGCAGGGCCUUCAACAAUUGGGCCUGGACACGUUCACGACGAACUAUGGAUUGCCUAAUUUUCACGACCAACUGCUAGCGUCCCACCAACGACAAGCGCAGGGGAUGGUGAACACGCUAUCGCCACCUUACAGUAAUCAGUCCCCGCCACACUCGGUGCAAUCAAACAUGACCCUCUCGCCGCAGGCGAGUUACAUGGGUUCACCUUCCCCGGCAAAGAGCAGACCCUCGUUGCCAACCUCGCCCACCCACAUUGCCGCGAUGAGGCAGGCGACGCAUCAGAAACACGGAGGGAUGCCGCCUGUCGGAUUCGAUUUCGAAAACCUUCCUUAUUCCACGAGUCAGCAACAACAACAACAACAGCAGCAGCAGCAGCAGCAGCAGCAGCAAAUGCAACAGACGCAGCAACAAAUCCAACAGCAGCAACAGCAACAGCAGCAGAGCACGCAGCAGCAGCAGCAACAGCAACAGGCGCAACAGGCGCAGCAGCAAACGCAACAGUACUAUCAAUACUUGACGCCACCGUCGCACCAUUCUGGGCCGGACGUGACGCCGCAACAUCUGAUGCAAGCACCCGAGAGCUUUCCGACGCCGUCCCCGGACAGUCCAGGUCACUGGUCCUCGAGUUCGCCACACUCCAAUAGCGACUGGUCCGAGUGUAUGGCGUCGCCGAACGCCUAUGGUCCCACCGCCGCGCACCAGAGCAACAAGGGAUCUGAGGCGAUCUACAUAUGAAGGCGGCAGUGCUCUCUUACUCGGGCGAGUCACUCGUAAACCGUGAACUGUGAUUAACUCGUCGAGUUCGAGGGCGAGGAUCGUCGGUAAACUCUUGUUCAGUGAAAUUUCCGUGUUGAGAUUAGCGCGACCGAACGCUCUAUCGUCGGAUUAAUAGUGUAACAGACGCCAAUACGGUUCUAUAAAUGCAGGCUACACCCCGUAACGGCAUCCUUUCGUUUCUUUCUUUCGAUAAUCUGAUUAAAAAGUUCUUGGAAGAAAAGUUAGAGUCAACUGAUUUUUGCUUAUACAUUUUUGGUCAGACUGUCGAAAGUGACUGGAUACUGUUACAGAACGUGUCCUGUAUAUAUGAUAAAUAUUUAUGAAUAUAAAUAUAAAUGAAUAGUUAUAUAUGUACAUGUACGUGAAAAAUAUUUUUGGAAGCAAAAGGGGGCACACACCUUUCUAUCUUAUAAGUCGAUUAACGAUUGUGCCUUCUUUUUUAUCGAGACCCACGGUCUUCAGUAACAUCCAUGAAUUAGUAGAUACACAUACAUACGAUGCAUUUUACGAUUACCGCUAGUGCAUCGCGGCUCAACGAACAAUGGUGCCUUCGACUUGCCACAGUAUGAAGACCCGAUAGACAUUUUUCUCUUAUUCUUUUUUUAAAAUAGUACUAAGGAACGCGAGACCUUGCUAUCUAUAAUUGUAUUGUACAUAGGACAAUAUGGAAGACGCUGUUCUCAACGGGGACCACUAUAGAGAAUAAUCAUGUAAUAUUCUAUUUAAAUUUGUAAUAUGCAUAAAAAUACAUACUUUCCACGAACGAGAAAGAAAGAAGAAAGUCCAAUACGGCACUAUUCAACAUCUGUGACCAAUUCAGAAAAAGAAUGUGAGAGGAAACGGAAAGCGAUAGAGGAAAGUUACGCUGUGUCAAACAGAAAGCCGAGAAUCGUGCCUUCGAGUAUCGUAGAAUAACACUAAGAAGUUCUUGCGUUAGAUAAUUCUAUUAAAUUAUAUCCUGAUCCGAAACAAGCAGCGUUUCCAAAUGGCCUUUAAAAUACUGAUCUAUGUUAGAGCGCGAGGCAUACUAUUAAGUGUAGGAGACAAAAGCAAGAAAAAGGUAUGACUUUUGUACGGUCGACGCGACGGGAGUCUCAGAGAAUUCGUCUUCACCCUAAGAACGAAUCGUUCCAUACGCAGACAUUCCAUUCGAAUGAUCCUACCUUUACUCGUUUCGAUUUUGACAUGAGAAAUAUCCGCGAAUCGAGCAACUUUGCAAGCUCGAUGCGAACUAGAGGAUGUUCUAUUCCAGUCGAAAUAAGUAAAUACAUUUCGCGGAUACACUAUGCUUAUCUUUUGUUAGAGGUCAAGAUUUUGAACGUGUAAAAAGAUCCGUGUCCUUUGAUGCCCGUAAUUUUUAAGAUACAGAUACCUGUUUAAUAAUAUUUAAUAUUCCCGAAACAAAAAUAUUAUGAAUAGUUUUACAAACUUAAAAUUGUAGGAUACGGAUACAAUACAAAUGAGCGUGUAUUAAGGAGAAGUAUCUGGUUUCAGAUCAAUUUACUACCUGCGAAACAGACUUCCUAGCGUAAUCAUUAACGUUUAAUUACUUCGUAAAAGCGUGCAGAUUUAAAUGAAAACCGAGACACGAAACGAGCGGUAAGACGAUUCGCUGAUCUCUCAUCUGCCAAAGCCAAAACGAGAGAGGAAUUUCUAGCGGACACGCGUAAUCGUGAAUUGAAUCUGGUGUUAUGUACGCAUAAUGGUAUUAGGAAUCUAAUCGUAGAUUUGUUGCGAGAGAAAUCAGGCAAUUACGAGUCAACGCACUGAACAAAAGAUGCUUUUGCAAUAUUCUCUUCAUCGGUGAACUUAUGCAAUGAUCAUGUUACUUUUUUUAAUCUCGUUCUCUUUUUUUUCUAUAGUUAAAAUUUGUAAAUAUUCUUUAUACUUCAUACAUUUUUCUCUCAACUCCUUUUUCACAGUAAUUGUCUUUUCUCUCGAUUUUGUACAAAACUGUUUUUAUAUAUUUUUUUAUAUUACCUAAGGUAAAAUAUCAGUAGUUUUAUAAGACGAUUUCCCGCAUAUGCACGUAGCAACGUUUCAUUUUUUAAUCGUAUCAUAAUUACGAAUCAUAGUACAGAGAAAUAAAUAUAAAUAUAUACGUAUGAAGAUAUAUAUAUGUAUUUUUUGCGCGCGAGAGAGAGUGUGUAAUUUGACUGUUGCAUAAGGCGACCAUAUUCCUUGAUGCAAUUUCUGAGAUACACAUAUCUGCAGCCAGAUGUGAUGGAGCUUUUCGAGACGUUUAGAACACGACCGGUCCAACGCAAUUCUCUAUAAUAAUAUUUUUUCCUCCGCGAACCCUUAAUGCUCCUAAGGUGAGACACCUUUUUAUUUAUAUACGAGAAAAAAAUAUAUAUAUGUAUACAUAGAAACUUUUGUAACGAAUUAUAUAAGUGUAUCUUCACGCGACUGCCUUUAUAUUUGUUAAAAGCCACCAGAAGUCUGCCAAAUAGCGAACGACGAAAAUAUUAAGAGGUAUGUUAAUACGUUAUCUCCUUCCUUCUUUUUUAUAAUAAUAAUAAUAGUAUAUUGUAAAAGACAAGAUGCGAUCAGACAAUAAAUAUAAAUAACAGAAUUUUAUAUCUCUAUAAGAAUUCUAUGUAACUGUGGGAACACGUAAAAAUUGUAUAUAAAUCGGUAGGUUGUUAAUUGCGGUGUAGACGAAGAACAAAAAGAACGUAUUGACAACGUGUUGGAAAUGAAAUCUUGACUACGUAGCACCGAUUUUUCACUGUGUUAAGAAAGAAAACGAUAUAGGGAUAAGUUUUCACGUUCCGAUUUACAGUUAUCUAUGAUAAGUUAGAGAAUUUCCCAAUUUAUUAUGAUAGAUCUUGUUAUUCCUUGUAACUUGUAAAAAGUACUGAGUUUUAUUAGUAUUAAGUAUUCUGUAAUUGUAAGGAUUUGUUUCGGUCUUAUAUUAUUAUAUCCUGCCCCUCUCCGGCCCGCGUCCCUCUUCCUCUCAUCGUCCCCCUCUUUUUAGUUCCGGUAUCCCGAUUCUCAUAUUU